GUGCGUCUGAGAGACUGCAGGCAUCUCUGUGAUCUCCGGGCUCAAGGCUGCUCCCGCGAACUCUACUCUGCAUCAUUAACCGGAUAGGCAAAGGGGAUCACUGUGUAUCUAUGACUAGUUUUCCAGCUCUUGUAGACGAUUCCCCCCCUUCUUCUUGUGCACUUUAAUUGGAGACGCUCGCCAAGAUGAUGUCCAUGAACAGCAAACAGCCGCACUUCGCCAUGCACCCUUCUCUACCCGAACACAAGUACACCACCCUGCAUUCCAGCUCCGAAGCGAUCCGGAGAGCUUGUCUGCAGACUCCACAGUUGCAGAGUAACAUCUUCGCCAGUUUAGAUGAGACUCUCCUGGCGCGCGCAGAAGCUCUGGCGGCCGUGGACAUCGCCGUGUCCCAGGCCAAGACGCACCCGUUUAAACCGGACGCCACGUACCACACGAUGAGCACUGUGCCCUGCUCAUCCGGGUCCACGGUGCCACUCGCGCACCAUCAUCAUCAUCACCACCAUCACCAUGGCAACAUGGAGCCCCCUGACCUCAUGGACCAUAUCAGCUCCCAGUCGCUUUCGCUCAUGACCGGGGGUGCGCACGAUGGCACAGGCGGUGGAGGUGGCGGCGGAGGCGGAGGAGGUGGAGGGGGACUCAUCUCCAGCUCCCCCGCUGGUCACCACCACUCUCACAUGCACGGCCUGGGGCAUCUGUCCCAUCAGGCCGCAAUGAGCAUGAACUCGCCCCUUACGCACCACGGCCUUAUACCGGGCCACCACGGAGGCGGCCAGGUCCCUAACACUGGACUGCCCUCCAUCAAUGACUCAGACACGGACCCACGGGAGCUCGAGGCCUUCGCGGAGCGCUUCAAACAGCGUAGGAUCAAACUAGGGGUAACGCAAGCGGACGUGGGCGGCGCGCUGGCUAAUCUCAAAAUUCCAGGCGUGGGGUCACUGAGUCAAAGUACAAUUUGCAGAUUUGAGUCUUUGACGCUGUCGCACAACAACAUGAUCGCGCUCAAGCCUAUCCUGCAGGCCUGGCUGGAGGAGGCCGAGGGGGCCCAGCGGGAGAAAAUGAGCAAACCUGACAUUUUCAACGGGGGCGAAAAGAAACGCAAGCGGACGUCCAUAGCUGCGCCUGAAAAGAGGUCUUUAGAGGCAUACUUUGCCGUCCAGCCUCGGCCUUCGUCGGAGAAAAUUGCUGCUAUAGCAGAAAAGUUGGACUUGAAAAAGAAUGUCGUGCGAGUGUGGUUUUGUAACCAAAGACAGAAGCAGAAGAGGUUGAAAUUCUCUGCUACUCACUGAUGAGUGAAGAAAAUUUACUAAAAGAAAAAUGACUGAAUUUGGGACCAAGGGACACUAUAAAGACACCACUUUCAGUCUUUUGUCUCCAGCGGUUUUCCACGCUGGUGCGCAAUGGGCUUUAGAUCCCCACUUCUAAGGCAUCAUUUAUUAUUUUCACGUUGUCGGCGAAUGUGAAGUAUGCAAAUAACAGACACACAUUUUGCUCAGUUUUUCGAGGGAAAGUUUAGUCGACAUUGCCUUUUAAAACACAUGGAAGAAGGUGAUUUGCUUUUUACAAUAGCAAGUUCUUUUUAUAGGCCUAUGAUUUGAAAUAUAGCCAUUUAAGAAUUACCUCAUUGAUUAUUAACAUGUGUUUUGGUUUGACUCAGUCGGUGUUGGUAACUCAUUAGUCUGUUCAUUUCAUGUUUUAUUUAUUUAUUAUUUGAAGGCUGCUAAUUUAGUUUCUUAAUUUAAUGGCUUCAAUGAAUUAGGCCUGCAUGAAAACCGUCUCCCAGACAGAAACUGUCAAUAAGCUGUCACAUAGAUAUUUAUAUUUAUUUUAAAUUUGCACAAAGACCCUUUAGGUUAUUAGAUUGGUUAAAUGUUUUGUAUAUAAAGACAUCACUUUAUAAAUCAGGACAGUGAUCCUGUGUUUUGGAUAAAUUAGGUCUAUCUCACUAUUUGACUCAACACAAAGUUCAACAGAUUGAGAGCCUGUCUGCUCCCGGGAGCAGAUAUCCGAGGAUCAUCGAGUUUGCAGUGCAAACACUAUGCAUUGGAUAAGUCACUGCACCAUAGAGGAAGAUUUACUGUAGACCUGAUGUUGUGGGUGGUGUAAGUCACUGUUUAAUGCCUGUUUUCAUAUUGAGACCACCACGUUGUUUGUCGUGUUAAUUGUUACAGAAACGUUGUGUAAGUAAUAUUUUACUUUUGUGCACACACAAGUAUGUUUACAACUUGCAGCGACUUGUGUAUCAUGGAAAUGUCUGUCUCCUUCCCUCACUGUCCACGCUCCUCUGUUGUCCUCUCAUUGUUAC